CGGGGCGCCCUGCAACACUGCGCUGUACUGAUUGAGAAUACAAGACUGGGAUUGGGAGAGCGGACGGCCCAGGAAGAAAUAUGUGCAUAUUGUUCCUCUAUCACGCUCUCGGCAAAGAGGCGGGCCACGAUGAUGAUGCCCCCCCCCUCGCGUCGAUGGACUUCUCGGCGGAGGGGAAUGCCGCGGCAGGUAACGGCGAAGGGCGCGGGAUUCGCGGCCGCUACAAGCUGAUCGUCGCCUCCAACAGGGACGAAGACCUCGGCCGACCGACGGCCCCCAUUCACUUCUGGAAGGACGCGGGCUCGAACUUGCUGGCAGGCGAGUAUCCAAAGGCGCGACCACGUCGCGAUCUGGUCGCAGGUGGGACCUGGCUGGGCGUGAGCCGCUCCGGAAAGUUCGCCACCCUGACUAACGUCUUCUCGACCUGGGAGUCCAUGCUCGAGGUCGUGGCCCUGGGAGGGUGGGCCAACAAGGCGGCGGCAAUGGCCGCCGCCACCGCCGCCGCCGCCGCCGCCACCGUCGCGGCCAUCCUCCGCGCCCGGUCUGGCCGCGAGCACGGGAGCAGCAGUAGUGAUGCUACUAGCGGCAGCAGCGGCGGCGGCGGUGGCGGCGGCUGGUGUCCUGCUGCUGCUGCUGCAGUGGUGCCGAGCUUGGGCUUUUCUACGCCGGCGGGCUCGUCGUCGUCGUCGUCGUUGCUCGGCUGGCUGUACGCGCUGUGCGCGGCGGCGGGGCUGGUCACGGCCGCCUCGGUGCCCCUGGCGGUGGCGGUGGCGAGGAUCAAGGCCCGGAAGAGCCGGGGCGGGCUCGUGGCCGACUUCUUGAAGGGCGACGAGGACGCAGAGACAUACUGCGCACGACUAUCCAAGGAGCGACGGCGAUUCGCCGGGUUCAACCUCGUGCUCUCGGAUCCGAGCGGCGCUUGGCUGCUGAGCAACAGGGACGAGGCCGGGAUAACCCGCCUUCCGCACGGCUUCUACGGGAUCAGCAACGACACUCUCGACAAGCCGUGGGCAAAGAUGCUCCACGGCAAGUCUCGCGUGCUGCAAGUACUGCUCCGGAUGACGGCGGACCCGACGCUAACGGAGGAAGACCUGGUGGACCUUCUCAUGGACGUGCUUGCCGACGAGACCCCACUUCUCGCCGGGGAUCCGUGCCAGUGCGUGUGCAUGCCCCCGACGGUCUGGCUCCUGGGGCUGAAGCUUCCCUGGGCGAAGUCCCCGUCGCGGCCGCCAAUGCGCGGCACCCGGUCGUCGACGGUGGUGUUGGUGGACGCUGCCGGGAGGACGAGAGUCGUGGAGCGUAACCUCGGCUCGGUGGUGGGUGGGGCGGGCGAGGAGGGGGAGCGCAGCGGGAGGAAGGGCACGGUCGCCGCUACCGCCGCCGCCGCCGCCGCCCCCGCGGAAGAAGCGGAGAUUUGUCGAAUGCGCGACGCUGAUAGGACAUCUGUCGAGUUUUGUGACGUGUGAUUGUGGGACGCCGACCGCGCGUCUUUCGACUUGUGACGCUGACUACACCUCUCUGAAACAUAUUGUUUGUGUCAUCCAUGGCCAAGUGUAGAUCUGGGGCACGUAAAUGACACGGCAUCCUAGAAGUGGUGGUUUGGUGUUGAAGUAGCGAAGGAGAGUGGUUGGGUACCACCAUGCCAGUCGGUGCUGGUGAUGUUGACAAGUAUCCCAGGUCACGAUGCAUGGCGGAGGCUGAGGAAUAGCCCCAUGUCGAAGAUGUGGGCCACAAUUUUCAAAAGUUGGAGCCUGACGGUUUCUCGCGUUUGUUCAAGAAGAUAUUUCACCUGUGCCCAUCACGAAGCAAGAAUGGUGUUUUCGUGUAGAGAAAAGUACCUGAGAUCCUUCCUUGUUUAACUUUUGUUUGUUUCGAGGAAACUUAUGCCGAGUGCGACUGUACAGAAUCGCGAUCGGAAUGUGGCUGUUUGGCGCAUCGUCACGAUGUUCAGGAAGAUUCAAAGGUGUGUUUCAUAUUCCAUCAAGCAGUACACAACAGACAGAAAAGGCGAGACCGGUGCUGUCAGGAUGACAGCAUGCCAGGUAGACUGUGCCUCACUGCAUCGCACGGCGCAAACAUACAUCGUAGGACGUACGUGCGCUCUUGACCAACGGCUUUUGGCCACGUCAAGCACAGCAAUCGACCUCUUCAGGGCAAACUAAACAGCAUGAGGUGCAACGAAAACGCAUUGAGCGUUCAGGUUGGCGUCAUACCAAUAAAAAGAGACGAUACGGUAGAAUGGGGUCCCAUGCGGGGACGGCGGUCUAUGUCCCCCUCCUUUCGGGCCCCUGUGUUCCUACAAGCAGCCUCUUCACAACAUGCCAUCCAUCCCAGCACCAAUAUAAGAAUGCUGGGACGACAAUCAAGCACUACCGUGCUGCACUUUUCAUCAAGCUCAACAAACACACAACAUAACAAAUAACUCUGCGGUGGAGAGACACAACAACGGUAGUGUGACGGGAAAAUCACGAACGACCCCGCUUUACUACAAACAACAACGAUUUUCUUGAAAAAAGGCUAAACGGCGACCGUGAAAUACGUACAACAACCGAGCCCCCCCGCCCCGCCUCGCUGUCGUUUCACGAUCCCGACAACAGGAUUCUCUCUGUGAUGCAAACGCGAGCCAACAGACUAAAAACCGACCACACGCGGAACAACGGCGCAUUACUUGCUGUGCUGUGCUGCGUGCUGCCAAGUUCUUCCUGGCCUAUUCAGCACGGGUGCCCCUGUGGACUUAGUCAACAUUCAGACCAAUUGCGCGAAACGUCGCGACCUUCUGCGCUCCUCCUCUUCCUCGUCUUCCUCUUCUCCGCCACCUAGCAGUGUCGCGUGCCGCGGCUCGGCCUCCCUCGCGCCCGCCACGAGCCACAAGUCCCCGCACAGGCACAAAGCGAGCCAGAGCGAGGGCACCAACGGCGACCUUCGUCCCGCCCACAUGGCGAGCGCGAGCACCAACGGCCCAGCGAUCGACCCGAGAACGUCCCCGACGAACAGGUUCGAACCGCUUGCCGUCGCCACCGACAAACCCCGCGCCCGCGGCCGCCGGCUGGCCCCAACCAAGCCGCUGCCGCAGCUC